UUAAGUCGUGUCAUUAACAUGUGGUAAAAUGCACCAACAUUCCAUUCGCUUGUCUUUGACACGUCAAUUAAAAGUUUGAGGGGCACUUUAUGUACCGCCUCUGGUGCCCCCCAGCAACUCGCUUAACAAAUACUACGAUGUGUAAAUACUUAAAAAUAAGUGAUAACCUUGUCGACAUCUCUUAUCAUUUCUUAAGUUAAGUAUCGCGUAAUCCGCUGACCAGUAGUUAUAUUCCCUUAACCAUGGUGUUCGAAUCGUCCAUCGCGCGUUUUUACCAAAAACCCGGUUGCACCGCCGCGAAAAAAGCUGAACUUCUCUUCAAACUCAAGCAGAAAAAUGAGAAAUUGUCCGAUUUGAAAACCGAGCUUUGCUACCACGUGGAAACGACAGCCCCUUUGUCCCCCAAUGACAAGACUCUGAUAAAAUGGCUGUUGACAGACCCGUUCCAUCCCGGCAACCUCUCCGAGACGACUCACUUAUCGGAUGGGGGCGCAAGUGUGAUCGUCGAAGUAGGGCCCCGAUUCAACUUUUCCACUUCGAAUUCGACGAACGCAGUAUCGAUUUCGCGGAAUCUGGGGCUGUCGCAAGUGGUACGAGUCGAAGUCUCCAGACGGUAUAGACUUGUCUUUGAUGGGGCUGUCUCCAAAGUCGACGAAAUUGCUUCGGCAUUGUAUGAUCGAAUGACUGAAUGUCGGUACACCCCCGAGAAUAUCCCCAAGAAGAGUUUUAAUGAGAAGUUGGUCAAAAAGGAAGAUAUCAGGGAGAUUGAUGUGAUGAAAAAGGGCGAAAUCGCGGUUAAAGAGUUGAAUGAUGAGUUGGGAUUGGCUUUUGAUGACGCCGAUUUGAAGUAUUAUACGAAUUUGUUUAAAAAUGUACUAAAACGGAAUCCGACCAAUGUUGAAUUGUUUGAUUUAGCGCAAUCGAACAGUGAGCAUAGUAGGCAUUGGUUUUUUAAGGGGAAAAUGAUCAUUGAUGGGGUGGAACACAAGGAAUCUCUUAUUGACAUGAUCGUUGAUACACAGAAUCACACGAAUCCUAACAAUGUCAUCAAGUUCAGCGACAACAGCAGUGCCAUGAAAGGCUACGUCCAUCGCAGCCUCCGUCCCGUUACUUCGGGCUCCACCAGCGAACUCCGCGAAACCACCGCCGAAUCUCACCUAAUUUUCACAGCUGAAACGCACAAUUUCCCCACUGGUGUCGCCCCAUUCAGCGGCGCCACCACUGGAACCGGCGGUCGAAUCCGCGACGUCCAAAGCGUCGGCCGCGGCGGUUACUGCAUCGCCGGUACGGCCGGUUACUCAGUCGGCAAUCUCAACAUUCCCGGUUAUAACCUCCCCUGGGAAGACUCCACUUUCGAAUAUCCGAAUAAUUUCGCGCCACCGCUCGAAAUUCUUGUCGAGGCCAGCAAUGGGGCUUCAGACUACGGAAACAAAUUCGGAGAGCCUUUGAUUAGCGGUUUUGUGCGGUCAUUCGGAAUGGUGGAUGCGGCGGGAGAGAGGAAAGAGUGGAUCAAACCGAUUAUGUUUAGUGGAGGAAUCGGAACAAUGGAAGCCACUAUGACAGACAAAUUUCCCCCGAAAAAGGGGCACCAGAUUAUUAAAAUCGGAGGCCCGGUUUAUAGGAUUGGAGUAGGGGGAGGGUCAGCGAGCUCGGUGGAGGUCCAGGGGGAUAAUAAGGCCGAACUUGACUUCAAUGCAGUGCAGAGAGGUGACGCCGAAAUGGAGCAGAAACUCAACCGGGUGGUACGUGCGUGUCUUGAAUUGGGUAAAGACAACCCCAUAGUGAGUAUCCACGAUCAAGGUGCUGGUGGGAACGGAAACGUCCUCAAGGAACUCGUUGAACCAGUAGGUGGUAUAAUCUAUGCCAACAAAUUCGAAUUGGGCGAUCCCACUAUCAACGUCCUUGAAUUAUGGGGUGCCGAAUACCAGGAAAACAACGCCCUCUUGUGUGAAAAAGAAAAUUUAGAACUGUUGAGAAACAUCUGCAAACGCGAACGUUGCCCAAUCAACAUUGUUGGUGAAGUUACCGGAACCGGAAGAGUUGUUUUGGCCAUGGAUGAGUCACAAAAAGUCAUACCGUUUAAUUUAGAACUGACACAUGUAUUAGGGAAAAUGCCACAAAAAGUGUUCAAACUUGAGCGCAAAACGCCCCUCCUUAAAGAGCUUACCCUUCCUGUCGCCCUCUCGAUUUACAGCACUUUGGAGCGCGUUCUGCGUUUACCCUCGGUGUCCAGCAAGCGCUACCUUACCAAUAAAGUCGACCGUUGUGUUACCGGUCUUAUCGCUCAGCAACAAUGCGUGGGCCCCCUUCACACCCCACUUGCCGAUGUUGCCGUCACGGCAAUCUCGCAUUUUGGCUACGAGGGUAUAGCGUCAUCUAUCGGCGAACAACCGAUCAAAGGUCUCGUCAAUACAGCCGCCGGUGCUCGUAUGACAGUCGCCGAAGCCCUCUCGAAUCUUGUUUUUGCUCUCAUUAGUGACAUUCGUGACGUCAAAUGCAGUGGUAACUGGAUGUGGGCGGCGAAAUUGCCGGGUGAAGGUGCUGCCCUCUACGACGCUUGUAAAGCCAUGUGCGAUAUCAUGUCAGGCCUUGGAAUUGCUAUAGACGGCGGUAAAGAUUCCCUAAGCAUGGCUGCGAGGGUUGGUAGAGACACAGUCAAGGCACCUGGAACUUUAGUCGUUUCGACUUAUGCGCCGUGUCCGGAUGUACGGAAAGUUGUGACUCCGGAUUUGAAAGCUCCAGCGAUCGGAAAAGUCGGACAUUUGCUGUAUGUCGACUUGUCGCAUGGGUACAAUAGGCUAGGUGGCACUGCAGUCGCACAAGUGUUUGGACAAUUAGGCAAGGAAAGCCCCGAUGUACAUAAUGUGGAAGAGUUGAAAAACGCAUUUAUUGCCACACAGAAGUUGAUAAGAGAUGGCGCUAUACUAGCCGGACAUGAUGUCAGCGACGGUGGCUUGAUUGUAUGUUUAUUGGAAAUGUGCUUCGCUGGAAUUAGCGGAAUGGAAGUCCAAAUCGGUCACAAACAAGGGAAAACAAUUCCGAUUUUGUUCAAUGAGGAAGUAGGCUGGGUUUUAGAAGUGUUGGAUGGUGAUUUGAAACAUUGUAUGGAUGUGUUUGAGAAAUAUAAUGUUCCGGUGUAUAAAAUAGGUAAAAGUAUCGGUUGUGAUGUCGAUUCGAAAAUCACAAUCUCUGUCAACAACGCUUGUAUUGAAAGUACAGUGUUGCCACUUAUGCGCAUGUGGGAGGAAACUAGCUACAAGUUGGAGCUCCAACAGACGAUAAAAUCAUGUGCCGACUCUGAAUUCAAUUCGCUCACAUCACGAAAACACCCUCAGUACAAACUGACUUUUGACCCGGAUUCAGAAUCUGCGGUUAAAAAACCGGCGGUUGUGAAAGUCGCCGUCUUAAGAGAGGAGGGUACGAAUGGUGACCGAGAGAUGGCGGCGGCUUUAGUCAGAGCCGGAUUUAAAGUCUGGGAUGUAACGAUGCAGGAUUUGCUUAGUGGAAAGGUGGAUUUGGCUCAGUUCCGGGGGAUUAUAUUCCCUGGAGGGUUCAGUUAUGCCGAUGUUUUGGGGUCGGCGAAGGGUUGGGCUGGCAGUAUCCUUUUCAAUAACACAGUCAAGGAGCAAUUUGACCGGUUUUACGCUCGGCCUGACACCUUCAGUCUGGGUGUGUGCAACGGUUGCCAACUUAUGGCGAUGAUCGGGUGGAUUGGCGAACUCAGUGCUGACAACACACCAAACAUUGUCCUCGAACACAACAUUUCUGAAAGAUUUGAAUGCCGGUGGAAUACAAUCCGAAUUGAAAAAUCCCCAGCUAUUAUGUUGAAAGACAUGCAUGAGUCUGUUUUUGGCGUGUGGUCAGCUCACGGUGAAGGCAGAUUCACCUUCAAGAAUUCCUCAAUUUAUGACGAUUUGGUUAAAAAUCAUUGCGUCGGUUUGAGAUUCACUGACGAUGAGGGGAACCCCACUGAAACUUACCCGAUGAACCCCAAUGGUAGUAUUGCCGGUACUGCAGGAAUUUGCUCCAAGGAUGGCCGCCAUUUGGCCAUGAUGCCGCAUCCCGAACGUUGCGACCAACCCUAUUUAUGGCCAUACAUGCCGCCAAGUUGGCAACACUUCCAGAAAAGUCCUUGGGAGAAGAUGUUUAAAAACGCUUACGAAUGGUGCUGUAGUUAAAUUUUCCCCUGUCUAUUAUUAAUUUCAACAAAAAUAUACAUUUUUUUAAAGUU